UCUUAUUAUUCUGGAAGUGUCAAGCAAUUUCGUGUUGUUUUUGUAUUGCUAUUUGCUACAGUAUAUUUGACUUUGGUUUAAUAAUUGCGUUUUACAAAUAUUUUGUGAGUUUUAAUAACAACAAAGCAAGAAGAGAAAACUUAUGAAAGAUGGAUAUCUAUGGAUACCCUCCGUAUCAAUAUAAUCAACCAGAUGAACUGGCCAAACAAAUGUUCGCCCAGCAAGCUCUUGCCUCAUCAGCUGCAUAUGAUCGAGAAACACCUGGACCACAUCUCAUGCCUGUGCCUACUGGAGCUCCGUGGAAUGUUCAAAGUCUUCCCUGGAGCUUGCACUCUCCUCCGAAUCUAGUUCAAUUUACAGCGCAAACCCCCGAAGACGCUAAAAUUACACCAGUGGUACACUGUAAAAGAAAGAGCUUAGAUGUUGAACCAGUAAUCCCUACAAAGCAGUUCAUAACAGAGGAAAAAAUGGCAGCACAUUUAAGUGGUCUCCAUAUAUCCUCCAAUUACACACAACAUUCACUGGCCUCGGAAGACGUAAUGGAGUUGAGCGUGGAGCCAAAUGCCAUGAGCAUCAGUGAGAAAUUGAAAGGUCAUACAAUAGUAUUGUCAGAGGAUGUUAAAAAAUUGCAAGAGGAGCCCAUUUUACCCACCUCGCUAAUUGAAAGAUUACAAAAGCCUCAAAUGUCCUUAGUUGUCUGGAAGCCCAGGGAGAAUGUCUUAAAGAAAAUCAAAGAAGAGAAAGAAACAUCUGACGAAGAUACUCCAAAAAAAAGAAAUGGUGUUCUCGUUGCAGAACAUUCAAGAAUAGAUAUGGAAAUUUAACUUUUUCUAUGAAAUAUUGUACAGGUGCAUUGUGAAGAUUGUGAAGGUGAUGGGAAUAAUAUUUUUAUGGGUAUCAUUUAAAUAUAAUACAUUCAAAUAGGUCCGUCUGGCUCUUAAUGCAAAAUAAGACUUUGUUUCAACUUAUUAAUUUGAAAAGAGUCAUAAUACAGUAAAGCCUCAUUAACUCGAAAUUCAAGGGACAAAAUUUCUUAGACUUGGUACUGAUAUAUGCACACUCUUAAUACUUCUAAGGAAAUAAUAAUUAUUAUGUGUUGAUAAUAUUUUUAACAUUGGUACUUUAGUUAUUUUUUCUUCGAGAUUUGUGUCAUAAAGAUACAGAGGUCAAUUUAAUUUUCGAGCUAUAGAUGGAAACAUAUUUACUGAAAUACGAUUACUUCAAAUUUAGAGCUCAGAAUUCGAGCAGUGGCAUUGAGACAAGUUGUAGAAGUUUUCGAGUUAGUGAGGUACUACUGUAAUAAUUCGAAGGAAAAAAAUAAAAUGUACUUCAAUUAAAUUUCAAUUAUUUGUAGCAGUGGUUAAUUAAAUAUAGUGCCUGUUGCCUUUACAAUCUCUUACUAUAUUUACAGAGACGUCACAGAUUUAUUACUUUUUUUAGAAAGAUAAUUUGUAAAGAUAUCAAUGUAGAAUUUACUUAAUUUUUUUUUUGUAUCUGACAUUAUUAUCAUUUGACUUGAGUAGGAAGUAUAAAAAAAAAAAAAUGACGUAAAAAAGCCCAAUUAGAUCUUGCUAAUUUAAAAUGAAAAAAAUGAGCAAGACUUACACAGAUUAUUACAUUUUUAGUAAGAUAAUUUGUGUUGAUAUUAAUGUAGAAUUUUCUUCCCUUUUUAUAUCUAACCAUAUUACCAACUGACUUGUUUUGUGUGCUUUAAAUGUGUUUUAAUGAAAAUAAUUUAUUUAAAAUUAAUAGCACAAUAAGAUGACAACAGCAUGAAUAUAACUGUUCUUUGAUUGAACUCAUGCUUAAGUAAAUAAGAAUCAUGUUUUAUGUAAUUAACAAGAUGGUCGUCGUAAACUUUAUAACGGAUAUUAUUACGUGAUCGAAAUAAGAAUAGGAAUUAUUUUUCAUGUCUGGAAAUGUUAACCGUUGAAAUUGAGGAGAUUUGGAAAGUGGCUGUAGUCCAUUCCACAAGUCGAACUCCUAGGGCACAAUAUUCGCACCUCAUUGGUCAAUGUAAUAGUUAAGUAAGACAAUCCUAAGAAAUGAUCUUGUUAAUCCAGGUCACACGCAAUUCAUUCAUUUGUUAUUAAAAUUUUCCACCUGUGAAUGAACAAUGAGGUCUGUUGCAUAUCUACAAACAUUUUCUCGGUAUAUGCACAUUACAUGGACAGAAUGACGUAAAAACCAAAUUAGACCUUCUAAAUUUAAAAUGAAAAAAAAACUCGUUCGCCUUAUCAAGUGACAUUUGUUUUUCCGUUCGUGUUCAUUAUCGUUUCUAUUCUUAUCUCGAUCGCAAAGUAGGACUGCUGCUUUUUUAUUUAAUUCAAUGUCAUAAAUUUUCUCCUAGUUGUAAGUUUUUAAUAUAAAUUACUUUUAAGCUCUGUAAUUUUUGUUUUUAAUUAGUUGUUAAUAUUACAUUUUAUGUUGUAUUCAUUAGGUAUGUAGAAGUGUUCUGAGUAUGAUUGAUUGAUGUACGAAUAAAGAUGAAUAAACAAUU